AUGCGUCUUCCGUCUAUCUCCCACCGCCCCCCAUCGGUUCCCGGCAAUCAGCAACGGUUCAAGCUCGACAACGCAAUUUUGAACGGCAUUAAAUCGAAAUUUCCCCUCCCUUUAAUCACCUCUAUCACUAGACAUGAUCUAGAGACCUCCUCCUCCACCAACACUCUAAAGCUAGUCUACAAACUCGAUAUCAGUACCCCAGAGAAGAGUGUAGGAAAGACUAUUAGGAUGCAGGAGAAGGAUAUGAGAUGGUUUGGGAACAAGGAGGUUAAAUUGGGAGAAUAUUGGGGAAGGAAAAGGGUUCAGGAGAGGAAUUUGGAUAAGUUCAGGCAACUGCUACUUGACCAGGGACCUCUAAACAAUAAAGGGGCAUGGAAGGCACUCCCAGAAGUCGAAAAACUCGCCCUAGAAUGGCUGGAGUUACACCACAAACUCCCCCAAUGGACCCCAGGCUUAGAGUUAGAAUCAGCCUUCCUCAUCACCUCUGCUCUUCCCCAACCUCAAUCAAACAACAUCGAUAUCUCCGUCAAUAAUAACGCUAUCCCGACGAUUCAACACGGUACCGGAGUUUCUCAUCAGCCCGGUCCGGUCAACGAAAGAAUCACGCCGAUCGGACAAGAACUCGACCCGCUAGAGCAAGAUCCACAACCCCCUUUUCAACCCCUUCCUGAUAUUCAUACCUUUUUCAUGCAACCCUAUUUCGACACUCCCCCUGGUCCCAGCGCCGUCAAUCCGGUCUUAUCUGAAAGGGGCAACGAAAAGAACGACAACGACACUACUUUCACGGCAGUAGCUAGUCAGGAGCCCGCUCCACAGACGCUUCAAACUCGGCGCUCUAAAAGCUACUUGGAGAGGAACUUUUGGAGGGGAGAAUAUGAGGAAUUAGACCCUAUUUACUUCAAAGGGAAGACUCCUGGUGGGGAAUUGAGCGUCAACACCGAUGCGUGCAGGGAGUACGGUCAAUAUGACCCUAUUUUGGCCGAGAUUGAGUUGGAAAUGGAUGAGGAAUGA